AUGGCGCCGGCUGUGCUGCUGAGUAAUGUCUGGUGCUCGGAUAUCAGGAUGUCUAAAGCAGCAGAGGAGGAGAAGCCUGGGGCUGACUAUCCAGGGGACAGCUCAGACUCAGACAGAAACAGCCCUGAUCACAAGGUCCAGCUGAUGAAAACCAGCCCCUACAGCGUGUCUCCCACACUGGCUGGAAGCAAGGUAAAGAAUGAAGAGAUCUCUGAGAUGACCCACAGCGCUGCUGCUCCUCCCUCCCAACAACAACAACAACAACAACAACAGCAACUACAGCAACAACAACAGCAACUACAACAGCAACAACAACAACAACAACAACAGCAGCAACAACAACAGCAGCAGCAGCAGCAACAACACCACCACACACAGAUGAUGCUGGCCGGCAGUCAGCUAGCAGGGCUUGCCGCUCUCCUCCCGGCUCAGCAGCAGCUCCUCCUCCAGCAGGCUCAGGCUCAGCUCCUGGCGGCCGCAGUUCAGCAGUCAAACGCUGCCCAUGCUGCUCACGCCGCCCAUGCAGCAGCGCAGCAACAAGCCAACCAGCAGCAACAGCAGCAGCAGAUCCAAUCACAAUCCCAGCAGCAGCAAGCCAAACAGGAGCAAACAGUACAAGCACCGCAGCUGACCCUGUCGCAGCCAAUCCAGCUCACUGCACAGGACAUCCAACAGUUGUUGCAGCUCCAGCAGCUGGUCCUGAUGCCGGGUCAUCCUCUCCAGUCUCCGGCCCAGUUCCUCCUGUCUCAGCCAGCACAGGCACAGCAGACGCAGCAGGGUUUGCUCUCGACACCAAAUCUGAUCCAGCUACCUCAGCAAAGCCCAGGGGGGCUACUGACAACCCCUCCACGUCUGGGCCUCCAAGCACAGAGGGAGAAGAGCAGUGAUGGGGUCUGUGGAAGCAGCAGCAGCGCCGGCUCUCUCGCCUCAGGCGGCAGCAGCAGUGUUGGCGUUGUGACGUCUGUGGGAGCUACUUCAGCCUCCAGCAGCUCCAUGGCCUCCUCGCUGGCGUCCGGUUUGACUCCUGGAGGUCAUGGGGGUCACGGGGCUCACAUGGGGGAGGAGCCCAGCGACCUGGAGGAGCUGGAGCAGUUUGCCCGCACCUUCAAACAACGACGCAUUAAGCUGGGAUUCACCCAGGGAGACGUUGGCGUGGCGAUGGGCAAACUGUAUGGCAAUGACUUCAGCCAGACCACCAUCUCUCGAUUUGAGGCCCUCAACCUGAGCUUUAAGAACAUGUGCAAGCUGAAACCUCUGCUCGAGAAGUGGCUGGGUGACGCAGAAACCAUGGCGGUCGACAGCAUGCUGCCCAGCCCGUCCUCUCUCUCCUCCCCCUUGUUGGGCAUGGAGGGUCUACCCGGCCGACGCAGGAAGAAACGCACCAGCAUCGAGACCAACGUGCGAGUGGCCUUAGAGCGCAACUUCAACAUGAACCAGAAGCCUACCUCGGAGGAGAUCCUGCUCAUGGCCGAGCAGCUCAACAUGGAGAAGGAGGUGAUCCGCGUUUGGUUCUGCAACCGCCGGCAGAAAGAGAAGCGCAUCAACCCCUCCAGCAGCACCACCCCUCCCCUGCCCAGCCAGACCUCGCCCAUUGUGACGCACAAAGCCUCCUGCUACAGCCCACACAUGAUAUCGAGUCAGGGUCUGUCCCAGGUCCCCACCAGCCUCAGCACAACAGUCUUUAUUCAGUAACAAACCACCGUCCAGUGACAACAAACCUGUAUUAAUGUCCUCCUUUCGCUUCUCUUCCUCUCAGCUGCCAGCUCCUCUCCUUCAGCCUCCUGCCCCAUGACUCCCGUCAGCUCGGCUGCAGUGGGCUCCACCUCUUCUGCUGUGACCCCGCCCCCUCACAGCACAGCCAGCCCCGCCCCUCAGAGCCUCGCCACCCACGGGCUCAACACAGGGAACACAAUGAUGGGAGUAAGCACAGGGAUGAACCCGGCCCUCAUUGGCAGCAAUCCCUUGGCUACCAUGCAAGCUCUGGCAGCAAGCGGCGGUCAGCUGUCCAUCUCCGGCCUGGAUGGGGGAGCGGGUCACAUGCUCCUGGGCGGACCUGGGGGUCCAGUUGUCUCUUCUUCCCUCUGCCAGUCUCUUUUCCUCAACCGCCCCACCCUCCUCCCCAUGGUGACCGGUUCCAUGGCGACAGCCUCCACGCCCACCUUAAGUCUGGUCAGCGGCGGCAUUGGUGCUUGCGGCCUGAGGCCCUCCUUCUCCCAAACUCCGCCGUCCGGUGCCAGCGACCUCAUGAGCCCGACCUCCUGCCCCGAGGAGUCCGCGUCUCCUUGUUCAAGUCCCGCCUCUUUCUGUUCCUUCAGCGAAGCCUCGCCACCGCCCCUGGGAGGGGCGAUGGCCGAGUGAUUGCUGACUGACAGCCAAAGUAUCCUAUCAGAGGAGGACGAGGAGGAGGAAGAGGAGGAAGCAGAGCUUUAAAAAUCCAAAUUUACAACCUCGCCUUUCAACCAAAGCCAUCUCUCUGUCUGAUCCAUCUCUGAUUUCAUCUCUCUCUUUCUGCGUCUCCCCGCUGAAGUCUUCUGAAGCCAAAAAUAUACACAGACGGAUGAGGGGAGGACGAGAAGAGAGAGUGAGGAUGGAGAGGAUAGAGAGAACUGCAGAAUGGAGGGGGGACAUUUGAAACCAAAUAACGAUCUACAGCUGGAGAGGUGGCACUGAAACGAGCGCCGUGCUUUUUAUCGGCUGGAGAGAAGAAGAAACUGAGACUGAGGGCAGGGAUGAGAAGCCAAACUGUGUGUGAGAAAUGGGAGGCAAAGAGAAAAGACUUGUUUAACAAGCAUGGAAGGCCAUGUGGUCGCAACCAA